AUGCCGUCUCUCAAGGGAAAGCGCGUCCUCGUCGUUGCCGGCUCGCGCGGCCUGGGUGCCGAGAUUGUCAAGCAGGCUGCCGAGCGCGGCGCGAUCGUCGCCAUCAACUACGCCGCAUCCAAGGACCGCGCCGAGGAGCUCUGCAAGUCUCUCCAGGGGAGUGGACACUUUGUGAUCCAGGGCGACGCGUUCACGCACGAUGGCUGCGACAGCAUUGUGGCCGAGGCGAUCAAGGGCCUCGGUGGCCUCGAUGCCGUCGUGUCCAACCAGGGCGCGACCAAGUUUGCUUCGUGGGCUGACCUGAAGUCCGUCUCCGAUGAGGACUGGAUGAAGAUCUACAAUGCCAACGUCAUGUCGCACCUCUGGGUGAUCCAGGCAGCCGAGAAGGAGCUGCGCGCGAACAAAGGCAGCUUCCUCAUUUCGGCAUCGGUGGCUGGGCUUUACACGAACGGCUCGAGCAUGGCCUACUCCGUCUCAAAGGCCGGAUUGAUCCACCUCUCCAAGGGCCUGGCAAAGUCGCUCGCCCCCGACGUGCGCGUCAACGCAAUCGCGCCUGGCCUCAUGCUCACCGAGUGGGCGGAUGGCUUCUCGGAGGCGCAGGUCAAGAUGUCGACCGACGCCGCGCUCCUCAAGAAGGUGUCGGACGUUCCGGACGUUGCGGCGGCGUACAUCAUGCUCAUGGAGAACGGCUCAAUCACAGGCGAGAUCCUCGAGAUCAGCGCUGGACUGGGUCACUAG